AUCAUAAAAACAAAAAAGACGGAUCGAUAUUGGCGCCCUCUUUUUUUCUUGAUCCCUCUCUUCUUCUUCUUCUUUAUUAUUUUUUCUCUGCAUUCCUAUUUUUCUAAUUAAAAGUUACUAAAUAAGCAGAGAAAAGAAAUUGGAAAAAGAAAGAAUUCUUUUAUCGUACUUUUUAAUCCUUUUUUGGAUUUGGAUAAUCGAACCCGCUCUUAUCUAUCGUUAAAUCUGUUGUAUCAGUUAGUUAAAUCGCAAAAUAUAGUUAGCGCCAUGUCAGGACGCAGGCGUACCUUGCUCAAGGUUAUCGUUCUCGGCGACAGCGGGGUUGGCAAGACGUCUUUGAUGAAUCAAUAUGUUCACAAGAAGUUUAGCCAGCAAUAUAAAGCAACAAUUGGUGCUGAUUUUGUGACCAAAGAACUCCAAAUUGAUGACAGGCUUGUCACUCUUCAAAUAUGGGACACAGCUGGUCAAGAAAGAUUUCAGAGUCUUGGAGUUGCAUUUUAUAGAGGAGCAGAUUGCUGCGUUAUUGUUUAUGAUGUUAAUGUUAUGAGAUCAUUUGAUACUCUUGAUAACUGGCAUGAGGAAUUUCUUAAACAGGCAAACCCCCCUGAUCCUAAGACAUUUCCAUUUAUAUUGCUCGGAAACAAGAUUGAUAUUGAUGGAGGAAAUAGUCGAGUGGUUUCUGAGAAGAAAGCAAAAGAAUGGUGUGCAUCGAAAGGAAACAUUCCGUACUUUGAGACAUCAGCAAAAGAGGAUUACAAUGUUGACCCUGCAUUCCUGUCUAUUGCCAAGGCUGCUCUAGCGAAUGAGCGUGAACAGGACAUAUACUUCCAAGGCAUCCCUGAGGCUGUUGCAGAAAGUGAGCAAAGGGGCGGUUGUGCAUGCUGAACUGGUAACACUUAGUUUUGCCAGACUCAUGUCGGCACUCAAGAUUCCCUAAUUUAUCAUUUAAUUUUGGGUUCUCAUGAUUCAUUUUGUCCGUCAAUUGUAUUGUAUUUUUGUAUACCUAGCCCUCGAGACUAAGACGUUAUUGAGUGUUAAAUUGCGGUUUUGAAGAAUUAUUUUAUGGUAGAGUUGAACUGCGUCCAUAGUGGUAUUAAGUCAUUGAUUCACCACGAAUUUCUGUUAGCUUGAUUUAAGAAUUGUUUGCUUCGGAGUAUGAAGUCUUGGAAUAAUCAGACUCGAACUUUGUAUUGCUUGUAGAUUUGUUGUUCUGAAUCUGUUGUGGUUUGCAUUUUUGAGCUCCCACAUGACUGUAAAUGACAAAAGAUUGAUGUUAUAAGAUUUUAGUGUGUUCGAGUUCUCCGA